ACAUAUAUCAUCCAAAUACUAUAGUGAACAAGACCGUGUUAUUACGAUGAACGUCGUUCAUUCCUGAUCAUCAUGAGGAGAUUGUCGUUUCGCUGUUUGACACAAAAAUCCACCCAGAAUUUCAGACGCUGGACCAAUGCCGGAACUUAUGAAUUGGGAAGUCUUGAUGUUCAGAAAGGUCUGGCCGAUAUUCCCGGACCACGGGAUUUUCCGUAUAUCGGAUCCCUUCUUCAUUACAGACGAGGUCCGAUGCAGAAGUUUACCGUUGAAAAAUAUCAAGACGCUGUCAUUUCCCGCUACAAAAAAUAUGGCAGUAUCGUCAAGGAAACAAUGCUUGGAGUUACAUCUGUGCGCAUCUUUGACCCCGAUGACGUCCGAACAAUUUUCCAAAACGAGGACAAGCAGCCGUUUGUUGAUCCACUUUUAGAGACCAAUAAACUUUACCGAGACCAACGAAACUUGUCCCAAGGGAUCGGAAAUACGAAUGGUGAGGAAUGGUACACACUGAGAGGCGCUGUGCAGCAGAUGAUGAUGCGGCCCCAAGCGGUGACCGUGUAUUUACCUUUCGUAGAGGACAUCGUUGACGAUUUCAUAAAACGGAUCAGGAAAAUCCGGAAUAAGAACAACGAAAUCGAUUAUUUUAAUUAUGAAGCCUCCAAGUGGAAUCUAGAGUCUUCUGCGAUGACGUGUUUUGAACGAAGACUCGGUUCCCUUGAUGAUGAACCCGGACCCCAAGUCAGAAGGCUGAUUGAGAGCAACGACGCAGUGUUCAAACUCUCUGCUUAUCUCAAGUUCUGCAUUCCAUUCUAUAAGUACGUCUCCACGACGACGUGGAAGAAACUGGUUAGAGAAGAGGACUGUUUCUUUGGGGGUGGACAGGUGUUGGUCGAUGAGACAAUCGCAGACAUCGACAGACUGAGAAUGGAAGGAAAACUAGCGGGUGAUCGAUAUCAUUUCAUGAUGCACCUCCUGUCAAAAAGAGAGCUCACUUACAAAGAUAUCAGUAUCAUCGCCCUGUCCCUGUUUGGAGAUGGUCUCAGCUCGACAGCUCCCACCCUUGUGUUUACGAUGUAUCUGCUAGCCAAAAACCCUGAGGCCCAGGAAAAGGCCUACAGAGAGGUGUGUGACGUUCUGAAGGAUGGCGGUCCCAUAACACCCGCCCACAUCGGCAAACUGGUCUACCUCAAAGCCUGCGUCAAAGAAUCACAUAGGUUAUUCCCAAUAAACAUUGAAGUCAAACGCAUUCUCAAAAAGGACUUGAACCUACAGGGGUUCUCACUGCCAGCUGGGACUGUGAUAGAAAUGCAGCCAUUCGUCCAUUAUAAAUCACGUGACUACUUCGUGGACCCUGAGACAUUUCUACCUGAGCGCUGGCUGAGAGACGGAACGUCUCGAAACAUUCACCCCUUCCUGCUGACACCAUUUGGCCAUGGUCCGCGGAUGUGCAUAGGAAGAAGAUUCGCUGAACAGGAAUUGUUUGUUGUUUUAUCAAAGAUGCUGAAAAACUUCAAGUUGGAGUACAAUCACGGCGAACUGGACAUGAGAUAUCAGGUGUUGAUGGUUCCUGAUCGUAACACGACUUUCACAUUCAGAGACAGAUAAUGAAAAUGUGUUCAUGUGAUAGUGAAACUAAACUGACAUUUUUUUCUAAUAUGACUUGUUUGUUCCAUUAUGAUUUGAUGUGGUAGUGUUAGAUACAUGUACAUUGUCUUCCAGCUAGUGUGUUAACACUGUAGCUCAAUCGUUGGAGCAAGUAUACUAGUUGUGCCAGAGGUCCUGGGUUCGAUCCACAGCAGAGGUAUAUACUCGACUCUGUUACAUUAAGAUAAUAUGUCUACAACCAUGUGUGCUGACGUUUUUGCUGUUUUUAUUUUGUAUUCCUUUUUUUCAUACUUAGAUAUUUUAUAGAUAUUUUAACGGCAAACUAACAACUCAACGUUGUGACAAAUCGGAUUAUUUCGGCUUCUCCAUCGUCAACUUCCCAUAUCUAUGUAGCAAUAUUCCAUUAACACCUACAUAUGGUAUUUAUAUCUCUCAACUGAUUCGAUACAUAAUAGGUUGUUCUACGUAUGGUCAGUUUUUAAAUCGAUGCAAACUACUGACAAACAAGUUGAUGGUACAGGGUUUCAACACUCUCGAUUGAAAUCAGCAUUUCGCAAAUUCUAUGGUCGUUAUAAUGAUCUAGUUUGCCAAUACAACGUAUCAUUGGAAAUGCUAUCUGACGUGUUUCAUACCGAUUGUUAGACCGUUCUUGACACACUGAUUUUGACUACUGAUAACUCCGUUUACCUGAUCAAGAUAUAGGGCUCACGGCGGUUGUGACCGCUCGACAUAGGAUGCUUGCUCCUCCUAGGCACCUGAUCCCACCUCUGGUAUAUCUAGGGGUCCGUGUUUGGCUGUUUGCCCAAAUAUCUAGUUUGUAUUGCUCAUAGGAGUUAUGAGAUUGGUCACUGUUCGUUAUCUUCACCUUUCGUGAUGGUAAGAUAAAAAGAAAAACAAUGACAUUUCCUUGUACUUAUUCAUAUCUUGUGUACAUUUUGUCGUGUUUUGUAAAAUAAUGCCUUAUUAUAUUGGAAAA